CAGUUCAGUGGCUUGCUGGAAAACUCUUUUGUUUCUAAUCUGUUUGGUUUUCUGCCAGGAUAGCAAAUGCAUUGGUUCGGUGAUGGAGCAGCACAUGCUGAGGCUGGUGCCAGCAUAGGACCGCUGGGGAAGCAGCGAGCUGUGGUAGCUCAGGUGCUGGAGCAAGAUGUGGUUCUCCAGUCUAUUGACCGUGCCAUUGAGGCUGUGCACAACGCAGCAAUGAAGAAUGGGGGCAAGUACAACCUGGAGCAGAGAGAUGUCCUCCAAAAACUGAUCCAUCACCGGAAGGAGACUGUGUCCCGCAAAGGUCACUCUCCCACCCCGCAGGGGAUGGUUAUGACGCAGUCCUCCAGCGAUCACCAUCUGGAUGUGGCACGGCAGCCCAACGGGGUGUGCCGGACCGGAUAUGAGCGACAUCACAGUCUUCCAAACACCGAGUUCGAGGAGGAGGAUGAAGGUCUCUAUCAGAUCCCACCACAGCCCCGGCGUGCUGCUCCUAUCACCCCCCCACCUCCAGAGAAACGCAAGAACGCACAGAUUGCUGCUCCCGUUAAAAAUGCUAUUGAAAUUAUCCCUGGGUCAGCUUCUAGCGCCUCUUCUAUAAGCACGACAUCCCUGGAUACCUUGUACACUGCUUCUUCUGCGUCAGAGGCUGCUCUCCCGACGGCCACCUCCAGUCCUGCCAACACCCCACCCCCUGUCCCGAGCCGGAGCGUCCACACCACAAUAACACGUAAUUUGGAUGCUGGCUCUGUGGCCCACUCCCGCUACGGGACUUCCCCAAAGGAUGGGGCCAGCAAAUCUCCCCAGACCAAGAGGGCUGCCCCAGCACCGCCAGCUGAAGGGGGGACCCAGAGGUCCCACACUGUGGAUGGGGAGAAGACUUCUCAGGUGAAGAAAGCUGCUCCGGCCCCCCCUGCAAGCCUGGAUGCCUUCAACUCCCUCUGCCUGGAGGAUAAGAAGGCGGCUGUGGUGGAGCCAGUGCCACCAGAACCCAGUGGUCUGGCGGCAUCAGUGCCCAAAACGAUAGGUGCCGAACUGAUUGAGCUGGUGCGCAGGAACACCCACCUCAGCUAUGAGCUAUCCCGCGUGGCCAUUGGAGUUGUCAUCGGCCACAUCCAGACCUCCGUUCCAGCAACCAGCAGCAUCAUGGAGCAGAUUCUCAUCUCCGUGGUGGAGAGUAAGAGUCUGCUGUGUGUGUCCUCUGAAGAGCAUCUGAACACUUGCCUGAUGCCCACACCCAGAAGGAAACCACUGGUUUACUUGUCUUGUGGAGAGAAUCUGAGUGCGGGGCUGCCCUCAGGACAGAUCUGCCACGACGAGCAGCGGCUGGAGGUGAUCUUUGCAGAUCUGGCCAGGCACAAGGAUGAUGCUCAGCAGCGCAGCUGGGCGCUCUACGAGGAUGAGAAUGUCAUCUGCUGCUACCUGGAGGAGCUGCUUCGCAUCCUGACAGAUGCAGACCCAGAAGUUUGCAAGAAAAUGUGCAAGAAGAAUGAGUUUGAAUCAGUCCUGUCCCUUGUGGCGUAUUAUCAGAUGGAACACAGGGUGCCGUUACGGCUGCUGCUGUUGAAGUGCUUUGGAGCCAUGUGCAGUUUGGAUGCUGCAGUCAUCUCAACACUUGUAAACUCUGUGCUGCCGAUGGAGCUGGCCCGGGACAUGCAGACUCACACACAAGAUCAUCAGAAGAUGUGCUACUCUGCACUGGUGCUGGCAAUGAUGUUCUCCAUGGGGGAGCCCCUGCCAUACCAUCACUAUGAACAUCUCAACUCUCAGUUUGCCUCGGACACCACUGACCAGCUGCCUGACUUAUUUGUCAAUGUCCUUCUGGCCUUCAAUCUCCACAUUCCAGUUCCAGAACACAGUGUGAUCAUGACUACAAUAAGCAAGCACUCGAAUGUCAAGACUUUCACAGAAAAGCUGCUGCUGCUGCUGAACAGGGGAGAUGAUCCAGUGUGUAUCUUCAAGCAUCAGCCUCAGCCACCACACUCGGUGCUGAAGUUUCUGCAGGACAUCUUUGCCAGCAAGGAUACAGCCAGCAUCUUCUACCACACAGACAUGAUGGUCCUGAUAGACAUCCUGGUGCGGCAGAUUGCUGACCUCUCCCCAGGAGAUAAGCUGAGGAUGGAGUAUCUGUCUCUGAUGCACGCCAUCAUCCGCUCCACGCCCUAUCUGCAGCACCAGCACCGCCUCUCCGACCUGCAGGGCAUCUUGCAGCGCAUCCUGGGGGAGGAAGAGGAGGGCCAGCAGUGCCAGAUGGACAAACUGAUCAUCUUGGAGAUUUACAAGGAGUUCCCAGAAAUCUCUCCUGGUACCAGCUAACCACCCCUCGGCUUGGACUGGAGUUUGAACCACUUGGAUCGAUGAUGUCUCUUGUUGACACUUUCUCCCCAUUCCCUUCCAGUACAGCUCAUACCUUAUAUCCCUCCGUGCGAGGCCUAAGGUUGGGACAGUGUUCGCCGGCCCUUUAGAGACUCCAGCGGCAGAAAGGGCAGGGGGGCGCCCCCGGGGCCUGGUGCUCGGGGGGAGGUCGGAGCGGGGUGGGUGCUGGCACGUGGUUUGCCUGCAGGACUCGGGCAGGAGGUAUUUCGUAUUUAGGCAGCUGGUGUUAGCGGGAAGGGCAGAGAGCUUGCGAGGGACUUAGCAGCUGGGGCGGGGGGAAUGUUUAGCUGUGCUGGUGUCCCGAGGUCCCGAAGCGAAUGGCCUUUGCCUUAGAGUAUCACUUCUUUUCCAUGUGCAUCUCUCCCCGCAGUGACCAAGUGGAGUCCGCUGGUGCUUGGAAGAAGCUUUCGUAACACCUGUUUUGUUUUCUGCUGCUAGUGCCAAUGUGCUGCAGCCCUGCCAAGGGGAGGUAGCUCGCUUGCUGUCUAACGCCUCGUCUAGUGAGCCUUUCACUCCCUCCUGGCCCUCAGCUUUGCCUCUGGGUAGCAGCCCACCUAGGGUCAUAGGGGUCUUAUCCCAGCAGCUGCUUUUUUCAAUCUGCUUUCUAUAGUGCCGUUUAAAUCUGAAUUUCUUGCACAGUGUGGCAGCCUAGAAGUAAUGACCGCAUGGGUGACGCUGCCCUUAGGAAGCCUUUGGCCCGGAUACAGCGCAAAGAUGUGUCUUGCCAAGCGAAAGCUGCUGCUUGCCACCCCUCUCGCAGCGUUGCCCCGGGCCCUCGAGCCGAGGGGCCGCGCAUGGGCAGGCGCUCUCUGUUCGUGAAGCGUGUGGAUUUCUUGCCUUGAGCUUCAUAGUGGCUCUGCCUCGCUGCCCUCCCUCUCCACGUGGCAGCGCUCAGAAGCAGCGUGAGCCUGGUGUCCAGUAGCUGUUUGUGACUGUGCACGAGUGUGGGGAACCCUUAUUUAUAUUUCCUCUAGUUUUCUAGCAAAUGGGAUUAACGUGUUUCCCUGUUACAGAUAAUCACGCACUAACGUGGGUCUCUUAAAUAUCCGUGUGCGCAGUCUGGUCACUCCCUGUCCUCAGCUCUUCCUUUGCAGUAUCCAGUGUAGGAGCUAUUGGAAAGAGGAACUGGAAAUACUGGGCACUGUAUGUUGGUUGUGGGUUUUUUUUUUUUUUUUUUUUUUGUUUUUUUUUUUUUUUUUUUUUUUUUUUAGCUUGAGGAGAUGACACGAGCUCUGCUCUGCAGGCCUGGACUCUGGGCAAUGGGGCAGUGAUGCUCAGGAACGGAGGGGGUUAGCCUGGCAGCCAAGGGGGGUGAGGACCCCCUGAAGUCAGCCUGGGAACACCCAAAGCUUAAUAAUUACCCUCGUAGAGAAACCUAUUUUUCCCCUGUAAAAAUGUAUGAAUGUCAAAAGGGAUCCUGUAUUUUCUUAAACACUAAGUGUAACAUGCAGAGGAAUAAAAAUGUCUUAAACUGCACUUCUGUGAACGUAGCCCUGCCUGCCCCGUCCUGUUGUGGGGGGACCGAAGGGGUGGGGGUGGCUCAGAUGCCUGCUGCCCAUGAGGGCGAAUCACUGGGUGCUGACCCUCGAAUGGGUUCAACGCAGCAGUUCUCCCAGGCUCCGCUUCUUGCCUUGCGUUUUCCUACCACAUUGCUG